AUGCUUGAUCCGCGCGAGACAUUCGAAAAAUACGAAAGAAGAUCACCUCAACCAUGUGCAGAUCGGCGGGAUAUUUUGGCUUGCGAGUUUCGCAGAGAACCAGCACAUCAAAGUGAAUAUCGUCGCGAAGUUGUCACAACAAUUCCGGUUCAACGACAAAAUACCAAUGGCGGAACACUCGCUUGUGAAUUGCGAGCAAGACCUACCACGAUCACCACAUUUUUGCCAGAAUCGGACAAAAAGAAAUUCCCAGUUGGGCUGAUUGUUGCGAUCGCGAUUUGCAUUCCGGUCUUUAUCGUCAUCAUUCUUUUCGCCGCUGUUUGGUUCCAGGAGCUCGGAUGGAUUUAA